CUUAAGUCUUCAUUAGCCAGUAGCCACUGAAAAGGUCUCUAAAGAGAACUGAAAGAUCGAAGACAAGAAGUCAAGAAGAUGGUGAGGGCUCCAUGUUUUGAUAAAAACGGAAUCAAAAAAGGUGCAUGGAGCAAAGAGGAAGACAACAAACUAAGAGCUUACAUACAGAUAUACGGCCAUUCUAACUGGCGAGAACUUCCCAAGUUAGCUGGUUUGUCUAGAUGUGGGAAAAGCUGUAGGCUGCGAUGGAUGAAUUAUCUACGCCCAAACAUGAAACGUGGUAAUUUUACAAAAGAAGAAGAAGAUGUCAUUGUUGGUUUACAUAAGAAGCUUGGAAACAAAUGGUCAACGAUGGCCGCACAGUUGCCUGGAAGAAGCGACAAUGAAAUAAAAAACCAUUGGCACACACAUCUGAAAAACCAGGUCCGAAAAGAUCAAACGAUCGAACAAUUUGAAAACCUUGAACCUUUUAAAGCUACUCCCAGAGGAUGUCAACAGGUGAAAAAACCCAACUUAAAAACCCCACUGGAAGUUGAAAUUUUAUUGGCAGUCUUAACAUCUGAAUCACCGUCAUCUUCUUCAACAAGUGAAUCUUCUCAAUGUUCUUUGAGUGUAUCAGAUUAUGAAGUUCCUUGUGACGACGCUACACCACAGUUUUCUGAGCCGGCCGGAAAUUUAUGGUUUGAUCAGCUAUUUUUACCGGACAACAAUGGCGUGGCAUUAUCAAGUGAGACCAUGUUCUCACCUUUCGGCUUGACCGACGACAAUCUCAUCUCUAAGACUUCUUUCCCGGAUCACAUCAUGGAUGAUGUGCAUUUAUGGUCAACCAUAGAUUUAUAUUUGUAAUCAAAGUCCGUACAUUAAUUAGUCGAGCAUUGUCAACCAUAGAUUUACUUGUAAUCAUAUCAUUUUUAAACUCUAUAAUAUAAACUAGGCUCAUGUUAAGGGGAAUAA